AUGGCCAGCCCUUCGGCCUCAGCCACACCCGCCGCGGGCCAGUUCGACUGGUUCCGCUCCAUCGGCGCAACCCCGGAGGCCGUCGCCGUCCUCAACGACCAGCCCAUCCUCUUCACCAUCCUGCUCGUCGUGCUCGUCGCCAUCAUCCUGCAGAUUACCUUGAUUUGGUACAUUCACUACGCCACCAUGAAGCCCGAGCAGAAGAAGAAGAAGGACACCAAGAAGCCCGCGGCAGGGAAGCCCGGCGCCAAGCCGCCAGCAGGAAGAUAA